UGCAUCUUUCUUUUUUUUUUUUUUGCAGGUGACGAGACAGAAGAGAAGACACAUUUGGAACAAGCUCAGACAUGCCGGGGCACAUGAAAUAGAGCGGGCUCUCCCAUUGGCGGACACCCUUUGGAAUACGUACACCUGUUGUCCACCAACAAUAACUGGGCUGAAUAUCUUAUUCACUUCAUUCUUUGCAGCUGUGAGCAGGUGAGGGUUUAGAAUGACUGACGGAUGGACGGGGCAAUACGGGUGCAAUACACGGUGCUGUGCCUGACCUAGGGCCUAUACCCACACGUCUGGCUGCUGUGGCCCCCCGACAGCAUUCUAUGAGCAGGCUGCACAUUGGAACUCAGCCCUUGGAACUCAAAAAAAUAACAAUACAAUUUCCUUUGAAGACCGGUCUUUAAUUACUAUCGACCGCUAUGAUGUAACCUCAAACGGGGUGUGUCCAAAACCAGACUGGAGAAGAUUGAAUCAUAGACCAGGAGACCAGACAACGAUCGACCGGCCUCCAUCGCUCACCUUUCCGAUGUAGAGCCCGAGAUGACGUCCCACCGUCGCUGGUUCCUCCAUGUCCGCGCGGCGAUCUUCGUCCUGGUCUCCACCGCUGCCCUCUCCAGUCAGUUACGAGUGUGCGAGACCUACACCGACCACACGGGGCACUCUCACUUCGGCUUCCACUGCCCCCGCCUGUCAGACAACAGGACCCUUCUGUUCUGCUGUCACCAUAACAACACGGCCUUCAAGUACUGCUGCAAUGAGACGGAGUUCCGAGGCAUCACGGACGUCAACGCCAGCUUCUCCGCCUCCAGCAAGCACACUCAGAAUGACUACGCGGCCGUGAUCGGGGUGUGGGUCUACGGGUUCUUUGUGCUGGCGCUGAUCCUGGUGGACUUCCUGUACUACGCUGCGGUACACAGUGAGCUCUGCAGGGACUACCUGGUGGCGGCGGGCCUGGGGGGGGCAUGGCUGACCCAGGUGAAUGUCUGGAUAGGACAUUAAGUCAAAGUUGAACAAAAGGUGGUACAAUUAAAGUAUGUUUUUGUAGCGCUUUAAUAUUUAAGAAAGGCCCUGGAAUAGCCCUAGCUAUCAUCUUAAUUUUAUUAAAGAAAUAUAUAUUUUUGUCAUACUGUAUUUUCUCUUUUUAAAAUGCAGUCUGGGAAUUUAUGAGAAACGUUACGAAAAAAUACCACCCGUCAUUCCAGGCCUUCCUCCAAAGCCCCCCAAAACACAUGACUAGCAUGCUAGCUUUAGCGAUAGCACAGCCAAUCCAGCAUUUUUUUGUCACUACUUUUUUUUUAUUGAUCAUUGUCGGGAUGUUAAGAAACUGUCAACAAAUAAGAAAAAAAUAAAUGCUCCAAUAUAAAAAAAUAGCUUACAAUGCCUUUAACGCUGCUGUCCCUACCAGCCCCGCUAUGGUUUGAUUAAAUUGUGCGUUGAUCGAAUCUCACGGUUCUCGUGCAUUCGGAGCAGCAGCGAUACCCAUAAACAAACGCAUGAGAACCACGAGACUCAAUCGAAAACACAAUCGAAUCAAAACAAAGCGGGCUGAACGAAAAGCGUCCCCCUCCAGCUUUAAGUGCAAAAUCUGCAACGCAACAACAAAUUGCUGGUCGUUGAUAUUGAAACGUACAUGAUAUACAUAUAUAUUUAUGUAUAUAUCUAUUGGUGUCCAGGCCCAGAGC